GAAGAUUAAUGUGAGUUUAAUGUGAGUGUACUGGAAGUCAUGUAUUUCCUUCUGCAGACAAAAAGCAACAGAAAAAGCCUUAAAGUAAACAGAAUCAAUUAUGGGCAAGUACAGCUGGAGUCUUUCUUCAUGUGAUAUUAAAAGAAGCUGUUGAUGGCCUGUUGUUCACAUGUAAACACUGAUCAUGGGGCUGAAUGAACACUGGAGCGUUUUGUUCAGGAAGUCACGGAGAGACUCCUGCCGUCUCAGUGAUCAGGGUUCACAUUCAUUUCACUUGAGUACCGAGGUGCAGACGGAAAACCCAACGCAGCACUGGAGGCCUGUUCAGAUCGGAGAUCAUCGCCACGCAGCAGGAGCUCGGAUGAAGAUCUUCACUUCUCAAUCUUUGGACAUUUGCUGACACUCAGGCUGGGUCAGCUGAUUUGCUGCUGCGGUCAUAUCCUGUCAGACAGAAAUGAGAAGUCUGUGUUGAAGGACCAAAGGAUCAGUCCUUAUUUCCUCUGAGACGAACUAUUGAACAGGAGCCGCUCGGAGAUGUUUGCUCUCCUGUUCGUCUGUGGAAUCCUGUUCGCUCAAGUUCAGGGUUGGUCUGAGCCGCGGCUCAGACUGAACUCUGGAGCUCCGGUCGGUACGGAUGUGAUUCUUGACUCUGGUUCUCCUCUUCAUCUGAUCUGUGAAGGCGAUGGACCGGUCACAUGGCUUCCCCGACUGGCCAGACACAAGCGUUUCAUCUCCAAGGAGGUCGGAAACGUCCGGAGUUUCCGUGUGAAUAUAGCCACGGCGGAUUUUACAGGAACAUACAAGUGCGUCUAUAUGAGCGGAAAUGAUUCAAACGAGUCAUCUUCGGUUCAUGUGUUUGUCAGAGAUCCCCGAAUUCUCUUCGUCUCGCCGAGUACGUCUCUGCGUUAUGUGCGGAAAGAAGGUGAAGAUCUGACACUCCCGUGUCUUCUGACCGACCCCGACGCCACGGACUUCACCUUCCGCAUGGAUAACGGCUCAGCGGUGCCCUACGGCAUGAACGUGACCUUUGACCCCAAAAAGGGCGUCCUGAUUCGCAACGUUCAACCUGGAUUUAACGCCGACUACAUUUGCAGCGCUAGAAUCAGAGGGGUUGAGAAAGUGUCGAAGAUAUUCUCGAUAAACGUCAUUCAACGAUUACGUUUUCCACCGUACGUGUUUCUGAAGAGAAGCGAGUAUGUCAAACUGGUGGGAGAGAGAUUUCAGAUCAGCUGCACCACAAACAACCCCAACUUUUACUACAACGUCACAUGGACGCACUCCUCUAGAACGCUGCCCCGAGCAGAAGAGAAAUCUACGAUGGAAGGGGAUCGUUUGGCCAUCGAGAGCAUCCUGGUCAUACCGGCUGUUCAGCUGUCUGAUUCGGGGAACAUCACCUGUAUGGGUCAGAACGAGGCCGGAGCCAACAGCUCCACCACACACCUGCUGGUCGUGGACGAGCCGUGCAUUCGACUCUCCCCGAAGCUCUCGUCUAAACUCACUCACCGCGGUCUGUCCAUCGAGGUUAGCGAAGGCGAAGAUGUGGAUCUCGGGGUUUUGAUCGAAGCGUAUCCACCGCUGAUCUCACACCAGUGGGAGACUCCAACAUCCCACAAUGCCUCACUCCCAGAGAACAGGUUUUAUAACUAUAACGACAGGUACGAGGCGCUGAUGUUCCUCAAGAGACUGAACUUCCAGGAAACCGGCCGCUACACACUCCACGUCAAGAGCAGCAUGAAAAAUGCCUCCAUUACUUUUGAUAUUAAAAUGUACACGAAACCCGUAGCGACGGUGAGAUGGGAGAACGUCUCCACUCUGUCAUGCAGGUCCUAUGGAUAUCCAGCUCCCAGCAUCCUUUGGUACCAGUGCACAGGAAUCAGAACCACCUGCCCAGAAAACUCCACGGGUCUUCAGCCCGUCCAGACGCAGACGCUGGCAUUUCAUAAGGAUCCGUACGGCUCGGUGGGUGUGGAGAGCGUCCUGACCGUGGGACCGUCCAACCAGAGGAUGACCGUGGUGUGUGUGGCCUUCAAUCUGGUGGGACAAGGCAGCGACACCUUCGCCAUGGACGUCUCCGAUCAGCUCUUCACCAGCGCUAUGUGUGGAUCUAUAGUCGCGAUGGUGGUUCUAGCGCUGCUGCUCAUCUUCAUGAUCUACAAGUACAAACAGAAACCCAGAUACGAGAUCCGCUGGAAAAUCAUUGAAGCCACAAAUGGAAACAACUACACCUUCAUUGACCCGACAAAACUACCAUACAAUGAGAAAUGGGAGUUUCCUCGAGACAAACUAAAGCUCGGAAAGACUCUGGGAGCAGGAGCCUUUGGGAAGGUGGUGGAGGCCACAGCUUACGGCCUGGGCAAAGAGGACAAUGCCACACGUGUAGCUGUCAAAAUGCUGAAAGCCAGCGCUCAUCCAGACGAGCGAGAGGCUCUGAUGUCCGAGCUGAAGAUCCUCAGUCAUCUCGGGCAACACAAGAACAUCGUGAACCUGCUGGGCGCCUGUACACACGGCGGUCCUGUGCUGGUCAUCACGGAAUACUGUUGUCAUGGUGAUCUUCUGAACUUCCUGCAUAGCAAAGCUGAGAACUUCUUGAACUUCGUCAUGAUGAUUCCGAAUCCGGCGAUGGAUUAUAAGAACGUCAACACUGAACGAAUGUUCCUCAGAAGUGACAGUGGGAUUUCCAGUACUUGCUCUGAUAAUUAUCUGGCCACGAGACCAGCCUCAUCCAGACCCACAAACUCUGUUCAGAGUUCUUCUUUGGACUGUGAGCAGGCUGAGGAUUCGUGGCCGCUGGACAUGGACGACUUACUCAGAUUCUCCUAUCAGGUGGCGCAGGGACUCAACUUCCUCACUGCUAAAAAUUGCAUCCACAGAGACGUGGCGGCCAGAAACGUCCUCCUCACCAACAGCCGAGUGGCCAAGAUCUGUGAUUUCGGUCUGGCGCGAGACAUCAUGAACGACUCCAACUAUGUAGUCAAAGGAAACGCACGUCUUCCAGUGAAGUGGAUGGCUCCAGAGAGUAUCUUCGACUGUGUUUAUACGGUUCAGAGUGACGUCUGGUCUUACGGGAUCCUGCUGUGGGAGAUUUUCUCACUGGGUAAAAGCCCGUAUCCCAGCAUACUGGUGGACUCCAAGUUUUAUAAAAUGAUCAAAUGUGGCUAUCAGAUGUCCAGACCUGACUUUGCACCUCCAGAGAUGUACACCAUCAUGAAGAUGUGCUGGAACCUGGAAGCCGCUGAGAGACCAACAUUCAGUAAGAUCAGUCAGCUGAUCGAGAGGAUGCUGGGAGACACAGAUGAUCAACAGGAGACACAGUACAAAAAUGUCCAGUCCAAUGCACAUGAUGACCAACAACUAGAGUCAUGUGACCCUGUGAAGCAUGAAGAGGAGUCAUUUGAGACAUCAUGUGACCAGGAAGAAGAGGAUCAGCCGCUCAUGAAACCCAACAACUACCAGUUCUGCUGAGGGCUUAACUAACCAUCUAACUAACUAAAGCGGGAUCUUCUGUCUGAACAUCAACAACAGUUGCACAAUCCGUCCACAAACGCAUGCUUGUGGACAGAGAUCUGACCUGUCAUCAAACGCGCUCAGUGUGUGAUUUUACACGCUCUGCUUUUGUAGUUCUGCUCGCUUGAAAUCUCGUAAACAGUCUUGAACUCGUCUGCAGAGUUGAAGCGUGUUUAAUCCAACCGGUUUCACUUCUCAGCAAAGUCCAAAACCUCCAAACCUCGGAUUUGUUUGUCGUCCGAUGUGCCUUUUUGGUAAACGUGCGUCUUUAUUUGUUGCGGGACUUCUCUGUUGCCAAGGUUGGAAAGCAGCGUGUUCAGCGUUUUAAAUGCAGAUGCUGCAUGUUCCACUUCCACUUUAUACUUGAUCUGCGUGUCAGUCAUUUUUCUUCCUUUAAAGUCACUGAAAAUGACCACAGACACAUAACUCUUUUUGUGCAGCUAAAAUAACUAGAAGCGAAUGACACCGGUAGCUUCACCUAGUCAAGAUACAAAUGGCCACAAUCUUAUGUUAAAAAUAAAGUGUAUACACCAUAUACAACCUACUUUUUUAUUUUUUAUUAUUGUCAGUGUAACAGUAUGCUAUAACAGCACAUUUGGCAAUUUCAUUUUUUUUUUUUUUUUGCAUUUCAUUUGAUUGUUUUUUUUGCAUUUUAU